UUGUAGGGAGAGUGAAUUCAAAGCCAAAAUACAUUAAAAAGUGAGAAAGAUGAGAGUUUGCGAAGUGCUACAUAUGAAUGGAGGGGUUGGAGAUUCUAGCUAUUCCAAAAACUCUAUACUCCAGAAAAAGGGAUUGGUUUUGACAAAGCCAAUAGCAGAAAAAGCCAUAAAUGAUACCUACACAAAGCUCAAGCCACACACGGUCUCCAUUGCGGACCUCGGCUGCUCUUCCGGGACAAAUGCCUUCUCCGCCGUCUCCGACCUCAUCAAAGUGAUACACCACUGUGUCCAGAAUGAGGUUGGAGGGGGACUCCGGUCCCCGGAAUAUAACAUAUACCUGAACGACCUUCCCGGCAACGACUUCAACGCCAUAUUUGGAUCCUGGCCUCAGUAUUUACAAGACUUGAAGAAAGAGAUGGGAGAAGGGUUUGAUGGAGAAUGUUUCUGCAAUGGAGUCCCGGGAUCCUUUUAUGAGAGGCUAUUUCCUACCAAUUUCCUCCAUUUUGUUCAUUCUUCUUAUAGUCUCAUGUGGCUAUCUCAGGUACCAAGAGGAGCAGAGGAGAACAAGAGGAACGUUUACUUGGCACCAAGCACUCCGCCAUGUGUGGUUAAAGCGUACUACGAGCAGUUUGAAAGAGACUUUGGGACGUUUAUAAAGUGUAGGGCCAAGGAGUUGGUGGCUGGUGGGGGUAUGGUUUUAACCAUUGCUGGGCGGAAAGGUGAGGACCCACGCAGCAGGGAAUGUUGCCAUCUCUGGGAACUCUUAGGUUUGGCCCUCAGUGAUCUUGUUGACCAGGGAUUGAUUGAAGACCAAAAGUUAAAUACUUUCAACAUUCCUUAUUACACACCAUCUCCGGCUGAAGUGAAGCACAUAGUUGAAAACGAGGGGUCCUUCUCCAUCAACUCCUUGGAAGUUACAUACGUCCAUUGCGAUCCUUCUGAGUUCGUGGACGAGAAUAAGUUGGAAGAAGAAGGUAAUGGAACAUUUGGAGGCCGAAAGACUAAAACUUUGAAGGUUUUUGAAGGUGGAUGUGUAGGAAUUAGGAAGAAAACGGAAAGAAGAAAUGUGGGUGUCUGCCAGAAUGUGAUGAACUCCUCCAUGGAGGGUCUGAAGAAUGAGAUUUCUUCAGAGGAAGUGUUUGAGAUUCUGAAGUCGUUUUCAGACCCGAGUGAAGCCGUUCGUCUGUUUAAUUCUGUUCUUGAGCUUCCUAGGGUGGUGCACACCACGGAAACAUGUAAUUACAUGCUGGAGUUUUUGAGGAUCCAUGGGAGGGUCAAUGAUAUGGCUAUGGUGUUUGAUGUAAUGCAAGAACAGGUUAUCAAUAGGAAUCUGGACACAUAUCUGACUAUAUUCAGAGGUCUACAUGUACGCGGAGGGAUGAGAAUGGCACCAUUUGCACUUGAUAGGAUGAGAGGAGCAGGUUUUGUGUUAAAUGUGUAUUCCUAUAACGGCUUGAUACACUUACUUCUUCACGCUGGAUUGCAUCGGGAGGCUUUAAAAGUAUAUAGAAGAGCUAUUUCAGAAGGCAUUAAGCUGAACCUUAAGACUUACUCAGCGUUAAUGGUUGCUUAUGAGAAAAGAAGGGAUAAUGUGACGGUCAUGAAUUUGCUAAACGAGAUGUAUAUCGCGGGAUUGAAACCUAAUGUUUACACCUUUACUAUCUGCAUUAGAGUGCUUGGGAGAGCCGGAAAAACUGAUGAGCUCUAUACUAUAUUAAAACGAAUGGAAAGUGAGGGGUGCACACCCGAUGUUGUUACUUACACAGUCCUUAUUGAUGCUCUAUGUGUUGCUGGAAAACUUGAUGCCGCAAAAGAAAUUUUCAUUAAGCUGAAAUCCCUUAACCAUAAACCUGAUCGAGUAAUGUAUAUCACACUGUUGGGCAGGUUUAGUGACUUAGGGGACUUGGACUCUGUUAGGGAAUUUCUUGACAGGAUGGAAGCCGAUGGUUACGAACUGGAUGUUGUUACGUUCACUGUACUGAUUGAAGCAUUGUGCAAAGUUGGGAAGGUCGAUGAAGCCUUUUCAACAUUAGAUGUUAUGAGAGAGAAGGGAGUAUCACCUAAUCUUCAUACUUACAACUCACUGAUUGGUGGCCUUCUAAGAAUCAAUAAGUUGAAUGACGCGUUACUACUGUUAGAUAACAUGGGGUCUUUCGGAGUUCAGGGUAAUUGUUUCACGUAUGUCCCCUUCAUUGACUACUAUGGAAAAGUUGGAGAUCCUAAUAAAGCACUUCAAACAUUUGAGAAGAUGAAAGCUCAAGGAAUUGUGCCAAAUCUAGUCGCUUGCAAUGCUUCUCUGAAUAGCCUGGUGGAUUCGGGCAGAUUCAGGGAGGCUAAAAGUGUAUUUGAUGGGAUAAGAAGAAGUGGACUUGAUCCAGAUUCCAUAACCUAUAACAUCAUGAUGAAGUGCUACAGAAGUGCAGGGAAAGUUGAUGAAGCCGUUCAUUUGCUACACGAGAUGAUGGAGAAUGAAUGUCGGCCUGAUGCAUUUAUAGUUAAUUCAUUGAUCGACAUACUUUACAAGGCUGGUCGAGCUGAUGAGGCUUGGGAAGUGUUUAAUAGAAUGAAGGAUAUGAGACUUGUCCCUACAGUUGUGACCUAUAACACAUUAUUGGCUGGACUUAGCAAGCAAGGUAAAGUUCAGGAGGCUUUUGAAUUAUUUGAGAGCAUGAUGAGUACACAGGGAUGCUCUCCCGACACAACAACUUAUAAUACUCUUCUGGAUUGUUUUUGCAAGGCCAGCGAGGUCGAUAGAGCCAUGAAAAUGCUUUAUGAGAUGACACAAACAAAUUGCAAUCCUGAUGUUUUUACUUAUAACACUGUCAUUCAUGGAUUGGUUAAAGAGAGCCGGGUUCGUGAAGCAUUUUGGCUCUUCAAUCAGAUGAAGAAAAUUGUUCAGCCCGAUCGUGUAACGAUUACCAUUAUUGUUCCUGGUCUUGUAAAAGAUGGCUCCAUUGAGUAUGCUGUUAAAAUUUUAGGGGAUUUCAUUUGGCAAAUGCCACAUCGAGCAGAUGACGAUUUCUGGAGAAGUCUUUGCGAGGGAUUUAUGAAUAAAGCAAAACCAGAAGACUCCAUAUUGUUCAUUGAAAUGCUGGCGUCUAAGGAGCUGGCAUGGAGUGCUUUUGCAGAGAUGAAGAACAAUGGCUGCGCCCCAAAUGUCUUUACAUAUAACACAUUGCUUGGCCAUCUUGGAAAGACUCGAAAUAUGGACGAAGUUUUUGAACUGUAUGAAGAAAUGCUUCAGAGAGGAUGCGGACCCAAUUCUACAACUUACAACAUACUUAUCUCUGGUCUGGUGAAGUCUGGUAAGCUAGAGAGAGCACUAGAUAUUUAUCAUGAUCUUGUCAAUGGUGGCUUUUCUCCCACCCCCUGUACUUAUGGUCCUUUGAUAGAUGGCCAUUUGAUGGCUAAAAAUUUUGAUGCGGCAAAGAAUUUAUUUGAGGAAAUGAUGAGCUAUGGUUGCAAACCUACCUCUGCCAUCUACAAUAUCGCCAUAAAUGGGUUUGGAAAGGCAGGCGAUUUAGAAACUGCUUGCCAUCUGUUUGAGAAGAUGAUCAGAGAAGGCAUCAAACCAGAUUUAAAAUCCUACACCAUUCUUGUGGAUUGCCUUUCCUUGGCAGGAAAAGUGGACGAAGCCGUGCGUUACUUUGAGGAAAUGAAAUCGUCGGGCAUUGUUCCUGAUUUAGUUUCAUACAAUCUUAUGAUCAAUGGCCUCGGGAAGGCAGGGAAGUUCGAGGAAGCCUUGAGUCUUCUCGAUGAGAUGCAAACCAGAGGAGUUGCUCCCGACCUCUAUACAUAUAACUCUUUAAUUUUCAAUCUUGGAAUCAUUGGAAGGAUGGAAGAGGCAAGCAAAGUGUAUGAAAAACUUCAGAAUCUGGAUCUUGAGCCUAAUGUAUUCACAUAUAAUGCUCUAAUCAAAGGGUAUACCGUGUCGGGUGAUCGUGACCGAGCAUAUGCAGUCUAUGGAAGAAUGAUAGUUAGUGGGUGUUGUCCUGACCGAGGGACCAUUGCUCAACUACCCAACUCAUGACCAGACUCUUUAUAUGCAAAUCGAUUCGAAGGACCUUUCGGCACUACUUAAAAGAUAAGCUUAUGUGAACUUGUAAUGUACACGUUACCAUGGUAAGGACGGUAUU